UUACUUUGCGGCUGAUGAUGUGACAAGGCGUACUGAACCCUCUGCUGCUAGCGCUGGUUAGCAAGUUUGUUGACUUUUGUGUUUCCUCGUUCCUUCCCAAUAUCAGUCCAGUUACACUAAAAAUGGACAACAGUGGGAAAGAAAAGGAGGCAACGGCUUUAAUAGCUGAGGCCGAGAAGAAAGUUAACUCGUCGAAGUCGUUUUUCGGAGCGAUGUUUGGGGGUUCCUCCAAGAUGGAAGAGGCCUGUGACAUGUAUGUGAGGGCAGCCAACAUGUACAAAAUGGCCAAAAAUUGGUGUGCUGCAGGAAAUGCAUUCUCCCAGGCUGCUCGCCUUCACCUCCAGAUGCAGAGCAAACAUGACGCUGCGACUAACUUCAUAGAUGCUGGGAAUGCCUUCAAAAAAGCAGAUCCACAAGAGGCCAUAAACUGCUUAAAUCGAGCUAUUGAGAUAUACACCGACAUGGGGCGCUUCACCAUCGCAGCCAAACAUCACAUCACCAUUGCAGAAAUAUAUGAGACAGAGCUGGUGGACAUCGAUAAGGCUGUGGCUCAUUAUGAACAGGCAGCAGAUUAUUACAAAGGGGAAGAAUCCACCAGUUCGGCGAACAAGUGCCUUCUGAAAGUAGCAACCUACGCAGCUCAGCUGGAGCAGUAUCAAAAAGCAAUCGAGAUCUAUGAGCAGGUUGGAACCCAUGCAAUGGACAGUACACUCCUUAAAUACAGUGCCAAGGAUCACUUCUUCAAAGCAGCACUCUGUCACUUCUGUGUUGACAUGCUGAAUGCAAAACUUGCCGUGCAGAAGUACGAAGAAAUGUUUCCAGCCUUUUCAGACUCCCGAGAAUACAAGCUGUUGAAGAAACUUCUAGAUGCCUGUGAAGAACAGAAUGUGGAUGCCUAUACCGAUUCAGUGAAGGAAUACGACAGCAUUUCACGGUUGGACCAGUGGCUCACAACCAUGCUUCUCCGCAUCAAGAAAACCAUACAGGAUGACGAGAGCGACCUUCGCUGACUUCCUGCCUGCUUGGCCUGAAGCCCCUCAUGCCCCCUUCUUUCUUUGCCUUGAGCUUUUCACUUCCAUUCUUGCAGCCAUGUUAACUCUUUGACCAUUAGCCCCCUUUUUUCCCUCACAGAUACUGUUGUUUCUGUACUACCACCUGCAGUAUUUCUUCUUUCCUUUUUAAUCUGCUCAACUCAUACACAUUCUUGAACACUAUUUUCUUGAGUGCACAAAGUAUAUAAGUUGUGUAUUAUUAUGAUAGAGGUCGUCGCCCUACAUAAGUUAAAAUAUUUAAAUGGGCUGCAAUACAAAGUAUACCAGCACAUUUCUAUAAUCAAGGUUUUAUUUGAUUUUUCUUGUUAUGGGAUGGAUGCCGACUAACACUUUAAUCUAUGAAAUCUAUUUUCCAGGAUGUGCUUAACUAAACAAAGCCUACCAAAAUUCCAAUCAAAGCGCUCAUGUUGGAUUUUGGUUUAUGAGUGCUCCAGUGUACUGUAAGUAUACUGUUGGUCAUAUCAGGGCACAUCUAAUUAAGCAGCAUUUCAUCUCAGCCGCAGAGUUCCUCUCUUAGCAGAGAGGCUGAGUUGCACAGCAAUUCCAUAGCGAAUACCCCCUCUGCCUUAUCCUACAGAGUUCUCAGGACCUGAAGAGCUAGAUUUGAUUAAAGAAAACUGAUGCUUUUAAAUCAUGUUUGAUUAAUUUGUUGACCCCCCCCCCCCAUCAUUUCCAUUUAAAGUGCUUUUAUUCCAAGUGCAAAGGUGAAAGAAAUCCCUCGCCUUUGUGAACAUUUGCAUGGUUUGAAAAAAGAAAACUGAAGCAGUAGUUUCCUCCGCAUUGGAGUAGUUCCUCAUUUAUGUUCUUGUGGUUGUCCUGUUUGUCUUUUCCUUUCCAGGUUGAGAAAAUGUACAGUUUUCAAAGCCUGCACGAGAUGCAAUAACAUUAAAGAAAAUGGAGCUUUACUGAUCUGAACACUGUGCUCAUGUUCCCAUCAUAUCAUGUUGUCAAACGACAGUAGUCUUCAGUAAUUUGUACAUUUGUGGUAUUUGCUGUCAAACAUUUGAAUAAAGCUGUCUCACACCA